CUUCGCUCUCACACAACCAGGCAUCUUGCCAAGAUGCGACUCGACAUUAACGAAGAAGAAAAUCUCGCGCGGAUGCAGCGCGGCGAGCUCUAUUACGCCUUUACUCCGCAACUCGUGGCCGCGCGGAAACGAUGCGCACGGGUGGUCAGCCGAUUCAAUAGUGCAGGGGAGCUAAGCCGACGAGAAGUCGCAGAAUACUGGAAAGAAAUAACAAAUGACAGCAAGCCACUCCCGCCAGCAUCUACAACCACAGAAGAAGACGAAGAUGCCGCCCUGCACGCCUAUCCCUGGCUUGAACGACCCAUCAACAUCGACUACGGUACAAACAUCAGUGUCGGAAGCGGAGUUUUUAUUAAUUUCAACUGCACAUUCGUCGACACCUGCCAGGUCUCCAUAGGAUCCCGAACCCUGGUCGGCCCGAACGUGUCGUUUUUCAGUGGCACGCACCCCCUGGAUCCAGACUUGCGCAAUGGCACCAAUGGGCCCGAGAUGGGCGCGUGUAUUACCGUCGGCGAGGAUUGCUGGAUUGCCGGAGGUGUAAUUAUUUUACCCGGGGUGGUAAUUGGGGAUGGAUGUACUAUUGGUGCCGGGAGUGUGGUUACAAAGGAUGUUCCAGCAUAUCACGUAGCGGCAGGAAACCCUGCACGGAUUAUUCGGAAAGUGGAGCGGAAAUACAGAGCGGAACAGGAGAAUCGUCAGAUCGAGAGUCAGCAGAGAUCAAGCAAACAUUUCGAGUCGGAAUCAUAAACUAUGCGCUUACUCUGUGCCUUUACAAAAAUGGAAAUGCAAAAUGCAAGAAACCGGCCAUGUUUUACACACAUUGUCAGUGGGGACAGCGCAGCGGUUCUACAUAUUCUAGAAGUACAUAUAAGUAGUUGGUACAAACAUCGAUCACUGAUAAUCACUCUCCGACCAGCCGGAUUGAUAAUUGUUACUAUUGAUUGGACAUGCAAGUAUCUCACAUCUGCAUACCAGGCGCAUAUCCACUGUCCCAUAGGGCGUGUUGUGACCGUAUUGGCAACACGGCACAUAUAAUAAUCCCCUGGUGUCACCCCCGGACGACCGUCAGAAAAUAGAUUCCGGUCUCCUUGCCAAUAAACUAUAACAAGAAAUAUUAUAUUGGGCAAGCUUGAAAACAAAAAACAGCACA